AUGUGCAAGAUUUGUUCCAGAUUCUUUCGUCACCAUUUAAGGGAUGAACAAAAGCAAUUGAGACUGGACGCAUGUGGCGAACUUAUCGACAACGCUCAUGCUGACCCUGCAUUCCUGGACAGGAUAGUCACAGGAGACGAGUCUUGGUGUUAUCAAUAUCACUCUGAAAUCAAGCUUCAAAGCUCCAAAUGGCGAUCUCCAAGUUCACCAAGGCAGAAAAAAUUCCGAUUUGAAAAGUCCAAAAUCAAGGUCAUGUUAAUCGCUUUCUUCGAUUGCGUUGGACUCGUUCAUCAUGAAUUUCUUCCUCCUAACAUGACUAUCAAUGGACAGUUCUACACAGAAGUUCUUGACCGACUUCAAAAACAAAUUUGUAGAGUGAGGCCUCAUUUUCAACAAAAUGGGAGUUGGCUGCUGCUACAUGACAAUGCCCGCCCACACAAUGCAUUGCCUGUGAGGCGAUUCUUAGCCCAGCAUGGUGUCAUUGAAAUGCAGCAUUCACCAUACUCUCCAGACCUAGCACCCGCAGACUUUUUCCCGUUUCCUAAGCUGAAAAAUUCGCUGAAGGGAACAAGAUUUUAG